AUGCAAGGGGUUACACGGUUCCGCGCGGAUCAGCUUGUUGCUGCUGUUCUGGAAGAGCUUAAAAAUUUUGCAACUGAACAUUUCAAGGCCUGUUUCAACACAUGGAUCAAAAGGGCUGAGAAGUAUUUACAAAUUGGUAGUGAUCACAUUGAGAUGGUGUCAGCCCAGCCUCUUGGCAUCUUGAAACUGAGCAUGAGUGCCAUGUCCCUGGGAGUCGCAGCAAAUCCAAAUCAAGCCAAUUUUGGCAGCAAGUCCGAGGUGGAAGAAAGGCUUAUGCAGUCCACACCAGGAACCGUCCUAGUCUUGAAUGAACCGACAACCCCGAAGCCUACGAUUCCUUCCACGCCAAGCAAACAUUUCUCCUCAUUCGCUACUCAAAUCCCGACGCAAGAUGUCGCGUCUUCGACAGCACGAUUGACCACACCUCCACCACGAACAACUUUCAUCAAAAGACAUCAGGUGGAGCCAUCUUCCGGAUACCUCACUUUCGACGGAUCGUCUCUCGGGCAAUCAUCUGGGUUUUCGGGAAGCAAUAACGAUCAUCAGGAGGAUCCCGAGGAUCCCGAAGAGCAUUCAGUUGGACUGAUCAUCAUUACGAAAGAUUCAAAUGCGACGACUUUGAGGCCAAUGACAAAGCAAGUGACUAAGGCGAAGGUGCAGAUUAAAAGUACGAAAGGUACCAGUGAUUUGGAAGACAAAGACAGAGAUUUCAAGGAUGAGCUUGAUGAGCAAGAACCUGAAAAGCAGAACCCAACAUCAAAACCGAAACCGAAACCAGCAGCAACGGAGAAGACCGACUCCUGGAAGCCAAUGAUGAUACCUUACCAGCAUGAUGCUGAUAAUAAUGAAACCAAGACUAUCGAGUCUAUGACCCAGCAAGAACUCGAUUUGCUGUACGAUCUACUCGAAAGGCAAAAGGCAGACUUGGAAACCUUUGAAGAUAUUUCUCGAGACUCUCAGAAGGCGUUCCAGGAUUUGUCAAAUACUCUGAAAGACACCCUGAACACGGUGAAGAAAGAAUCUUUCAGCAGCGCUGAAACUCUAGCAGCGACCACAGCAACAAAAAUAAUAAGCGAGAAACCCGUGGAAUACGUCAAAAUUUCCAAACUAGAUGCGGAUCAGGUAAGACCCGCGGAAUUCACUCUGAUCAUCGAUCCGUUAUCCAAGCCCAGGAUAAUCACAGUGGAGAAGAAAACGUUCAAGAUCCCGCCGAACACGACACCGAAGAUUCCCAAUAACUCAACACCCAAGACUCCCAGCACUAAACCUCGGAAACCAUCUGCACCGAAGCCACAAAUUACCACCAUCACGACCAGAAAACCAUCCACGGAACCUUUGAAAAGCUCUGAAACCUCUUCAUCCUCAGCACCGACAGUACCAACAGAUAUGAGAACCAUGAUAGCGAUCAAACAAACAUCUUCUCCGCCGGUGAGAAUAAACAAAACCGCAAGCAAACAGACAGUGACAUCUAUGGUUCCGAAGCGGAGAAACUCUGAAGAGAUCUGGAUAAAAACUCUGAAGCCCAAAUCGUUACCAGUCUGGAAUGCCCCCGAUGAGCAGCAGGAAUUGGAAAAUGAGUCACAAAUGUCAAAAAGAAGCGAGGAUUCUGUCGAAGACAGGAUUGCGAAACAUUUUCAGAUUGCACGAGAAAAUGGAUUGUUCGAUGACGAGCUUUUACAGAUCGGAACCUCGGACAAAGGUGAUAUUAUUGAUCUGGACGAUCUACUGGGCUCUGCUCUAGAAUCCGCGGACCUGGCGAUUGGUAACUAUAAAACCGAGAUGAACAAAGACACUACAGCAUUUUGA